AUGAUGCUUGUAAAUACACUAGUAGACUUUACGCAUAGGGUAUGGCUGUUUUCAGACAGCUCUGUAAUUUUCAUAUGCAACAAAUGUCUGUUUCAAUUAUAUGACUCUGUAGCAAUGGAAAACCAUAAACAUUCAUGCACUGGGAAAAUGCCUGGCAAAUGCAUACAUAAUGAUUAUGCAGAAAAUACAGCCGUAAUUGAAGUGGAUGGAGAAAAACAGUCUUUAAUGUGCAGGAGGAUAUGCAUGAUAGGAAAGGCAUUCAUCGAGAGAAAAACAUUGUAUUUGGGCAUCAAGGGAUAUCUGUUUUACAUCCUUCUAGUGGAUGGAUGCUUUGCAGGAUUUUUCAGUAAAGAAAAGGAAAGCUCCGAACAUAACCUGUCGUGCUUGCUAGUGCUGCCAACUUACAGAUCUAAAGGCUAUGCUAAUUUGAUGAUUGAUAUAAGCUAUACUCUUGCACCUGGAACACCAGAAAAGCCUUUUAGUAAUGAAGGGUUGACAGUUUACAGAAAGUACUGGAAGAACAAAGUAUUCCAAAUACUGAAGGAAUUUAAUGGAUGUGAAGUAUCCAUACAAGAACUAUCUUUGAUAUCCAGACUUUUUGUAGAUGAUGUGAUCUGUGUAUUGGAGGUUUUGAAUGUUGAUCCAAGGCUAUUGACAUAUGGAAUUGUGCAAGAAAAAUUUGAUUACUUGAGAACGUGUAAGAAAGAGUUUUUAAUCCCAGAUAUCGAUAUCUUAUUGAUCGUACUACGUAGAUGUAAAGAUUUUUGUUUUGGUAUGUUUUCUUAUUCAAUUGUAGCAUCCGCUUUCAUCAGCAGGAUCGCUAACGCCGAAUGCCUCAACAAGAGCAGUAUAUAUCUCGAACCUUCGCUUGCUCUUGUCGAGAUUUGA